GUCGGGGCUGAUGGACCAACUCAUUGUGGAGCAUUUGAUGUAGCAUACAUGGCUUGUUUGCCCAACAUGGUGGUGAUGGCUCCAUCAGAUGAAGCAGAGCUUAUGCACAUGGUUGCAACAGCAGCAGCCAUAGAUGAUAGACCAAGCUGCUUUAGGUUUCCUAGAGGAAAUGGUGUUGGAGCAGUUCUUCCUUUAAACAACAAAGGAACGCCACUUGAGAUUGGGAAGGGAAGGAUACUAAGAGAAGGCAAUAGAAUUGCAAUUCUUGGAUAUGGUGCAAUAGUUCAGCAAUGUCUUGGAGCUGCAGAAAUGCUCAAAUCCCAUAACAUCUUCCCUACAAUAGCCGAUGCUCGAUUCUGUAAACCAUUGGAUGCUGAUCUUAUCAGAAGACUGGCAAAAGAGCACGAAAUCUUGAUCACAGCGGAGGAAGGUUCUAUUGGAGGUUUUGGUUCACACGUCUCACAUUUCCUAAGCUUGAAUGGCAUUUUGGAUGGACCCCUCAAGUUGAGAUCAAUGAUGCUUCCUGAUAGAUACAUUGACCAUGGAGCACCUCAGGAUCAGAUUGAAGAAGCAGGUCUUUCUUCCAGACAUAUUUGUGCAACAGUGUUAUCACUUCUGGGAAGGCCCAAAGAAGCUCUAACACUACGAGAAGCCAUCUGAACACAGCGAAUUAGACAAUAAUCCAUAGUACUACAACAAAAUAAAAACAAGUUAAGAUCUUGUU